AUGAACCAGACAUUAAAUAGCAAGAUUCAUACUCAUUUAAAAGGACCACAAAUUUUGGAAGACUGUCUCAUCCUUCCCUCUCUUCUCUCUCCAAACUCAAAUUUCCAAAAUGAUAUCUCAGCCUCUCUCAAAAUUUUUCUUCCCAAUAAAAGGCUGACAAUUUCUAAAAAUUCUCACAGCAGCCCAAGACAUAGCUUAACCCCAGCCCCUUCCAAGGUGAAAAAGUCUUUCUUAUCAAGAAAAAAACACAAAUCCCCACAGUUAAAAAGUUAUAAAAUCUCACCCGAAAAAUCAUCAGUGCCAAGUGUAACUUAUCUGUAUGAAACUCCAUAUAAGGCAUUAUAUGGAUCUCAAAAAUCUUGCUUUCCAAAAAUAAGCUUGUCUUCUGGAAACCAUAAAGGAAAAUUUAACUAA